UGCAGCAUCCCUCGUCAGUUGCAAGUCAGGAACUGUCGCGUCCGCGUGGCGUGUGAGUGGCGAGAACGUCCGAGCGCGCUCGCGCCCCUCAGUGUCGCGGUGUAUUUUUGUGCACGGAUUUCUUCAGAUUUCUGACAGUAACGUAGCCAACUGUUCGCGGAAACAGAAACCACGGAGUCAGAGUCGAGUGGACCCGAUGACAUUUGCCCGCGCGGCUCGCGUCCCUUGACACUGUUCGCCACGUUGCAAUAACGGAGAACGGAAGUUGCGGAGAACAUCCACAUUGCCGAUGAUCGUCGUUCGAGGAUCUAUGAGCGCUACCAGGAUCCCCAGAAUGGAUAAAGACGUUCGACGGAAGUGCGGGAAAGUGCGACGUGCCCUGUUCCAGCUGCUGCUGAUAGUGGGGGGUGUAACAGGACUGAAAGAUCUGACAAUCAACGUGCCAGCGGUGGUACGAUCGGGCGACACAGUGACACUAUCCUGUCAUUACGAUCUAGAAGGAUUGACAUUGUACUCCUUGCAAUGGUACUUUGAGGAUACGGAGUUCUAUCGGUACCUGCCAGAAGGAGAUCCUCCGUGCAAAACCUUUAACAUCGAUGGAAUGCACGUGAAUGUUUCCAAAUCGAACUCGAACGACGUAACAUUAGUUAACGUGUCGAGGAACCUGACGGGGUUGUACAAGUGCGAGGUGUCUGCUGGAAGCCCUUCGUACCACACGUUGAUCAACAGGGCCAGAAUGGAAGUAGUAGACGCGCCGAAAACGGACCCGACGAUCGGUAUCGAGAAAGAAAGGAUCGCAGUGGGUGAGCUGCUGCGGGCGAACUGCACCACAGGCAACUCGAGGCCCGCCUCCGCCAUUACGUGGAAGCUGAACAAGGAUCUCAUCACGAACAGCAGUAUGACGUACAGAACCAGAUACUUGGUCAUUCCACAGGACGACGAUUCACAAGUAUCGAAAUCGACCAUAGACUUCAAGGUGACGAACGACAUGUUUCGUAAUGGACGAUUGGUAUUGCGCUGCACCGCCUCCAUCGCGGACGUCUACCAGAAGUCGGCUGACAUCGAAAUCAGCGAGGACGCACCACGCAUCGCCUCGAUCACCGGCGAGUCACCACCUCGUGGACAUCGUAGCAGCAACUCGGCGAGCUCGAGCACGACCUGGACUACAGCGACGGUGAUGAUUCUCACCCUGCCAGCGAUCAUGUAUCUGAUGUUCUCCUCGACGACGAUAACCAUGUAG